GGUUAUUCUGGAAAGAUGACUAAUAAUAUUGGAGCGGACACGGUACAAUAUACGGUUACAGAUCCUAGUGACGAUCCCCUGAACCCUAAACCCGGAACCCUCAGAUAUGCAAUGACACAUAUCCAAGGAAAGGUUUGGGUAACAUUCCAAAGAGACAUGACUAUUAGGCUCCAAAAACCCCUCUUAGUUAGCAGUUUCACUACCAUUGAUGGCCGUGGAGUUAAGGUUAACAUUGCUCAUGCUGCUUGUCUAAUGCUUCAAAGGGUGACAAAUGUGAUAAUUCAUGGUCUAAGAAUCCACCAUUGCAAGGCACAAGCAGCAUCAACAGUGUUGGGACCUGAUAAGAAAAUAGUAAAUGUGGGUCCAGUAGAUGGAGAUGCAAUUAGAAUGUUAACUUCUUCCAAGAUUUGGAUUGACCACAAUACCCUUUUCGAUUGUGAAGAUGGUUUAAUUGAUGUCACUCGUGGUUCUACUGAUAUUACCAUUUCCAAUAAUUGGUUUCGGACCCAAAAUAAGGUUAUGUUAUUAGGUCAUGAUGAUGGAUUUCUUAGAGACAAGAACAUGAAGGUUACUGUUGCAUUCAAUUAUUUUGGUCCUAAUUGCAACCAAAGAAUGCCAAGGGUUCGUCAUGGAUAUGCACAUGUGGUCAACAAUCUAUACAAGGGAUGGGGAAAUUACGCAAUAGGGGGAAGCAUGAACCCAAGCAUUAAGAGCCAAGCCAAUUAUUUCAUUGCACCUAAAGGAGGAAAGAAAGAGAUAACAUGGAGAAAGCAGGGUGGAGUUGGUGAAGUAUCAUGGAAUUUCCAAUCUGUUGAAGAUGUAUUUGAGAACGGAGCAUCUUUCAGCGAAUCGGGUUUGGGUCGUGAGUCCGUGAAGCCAAACUAUCUGCCAGAUCAAGCUUUUCCAGUGGAAGAUGGAAAAAAUGUCAAGUCCUUGACAAGAAAUGCUGGUGCUCUGAAAUGUUCCUCUACUUCUACCUGCUGAGUACAAAGCUAAUGUCAAGAUAUUUGGCUUUCUUUUAUUUUGUUUCUGUGAAAAUGGAUAUGUUCCAUAUAAAAUCUCUUCUGAGAAUUGACAAGGGAAUAACGUGGUUUUAGUUAUACAUAGCAGUAUAUAUGUGUAGGGAAUUAACCUCAAAAUAGUAAUUAUACGCAGGUGAUGAGCUAUGUUGUAUGGAUUUUAUUAC